AUGCUCAUGGAGGGCAUUGAAGCUAUUGCCGAGUCGGCUCAGGCCGCCAAGCCUGAGGCGCACUCGCCGACAGGACCAGAAAUGAAGCAAGAGUCCCCGACUGUCACCACCAAUCUGGGCGAGACCCCUCAGUUCCCGCUGAAGCGACCCCGCGAUUCGAGCGCAGACGACCCCGAAGCCGAGUCCAAGAGGCUGAAAGUUGACGACGAUCAACCCCCCCAACAGACCCCGGAGCAACAAUCACUUGAGAAGUCACUCGAGCAAUCACUUCAGGAAUCACUCGAGAAGUCAAUCGAAAAGUCGAUCGAGAGAUCACUCGAACAAGCAUUCGAAGAAUCUCAAGAGCAAUCUCAAGCGCAAUCUCAACAGCAGCCUUCAGAGCAGCCUCAAGAGCAACCCCGAGAGCAACCCCAGGAGCAAACUCAAGAGCAAACUCAGGAGGAAAACCACGACGACCAUGCGGCUCUCGAUCUUGGAUUUGACAUGGACGCCAUGAUCCAGGGCGUAAUGAUGGAUAUCAGCAACGAGAUGAACAACGAGAUGAACAAUGAGAUAGGGAAGGUCGAGGGUCUGGACGGCGUCACGGAUGUCGAUAUGACGGCAGAUCACUUGGCAUCUGUGUCGCAAGACUCUGCCCCGUCAACUGACACACAUGCCAUUGCUAUGCAGCUCCUCGUCAUCAUGUCGCAACAUGUUUACCACGACGUGUAUCAGCAGUUACAAGACAGGGAAUCAGACCUCUGCAAGUCCUUUAGCACACUCAAGUCUCUGCUCCGACAAACCCGAUCGAUCUACUCAACGACCGACCUUAUCUUGGACCCCGCGGUGCUUGACCUGACUGCGCCGGAUAACCUCACCGACAUCCAAGUCGCCAACCUCGCCAGCUUCUGUUGCGAACUUUUCACCUUCGACGGCGAACAUCAACUCAGCUCGAACGAGCUCUUGGCUCUGGAGGACAAAUUUUUCACCGUCUUUCCGCCAGGCACCGAGGGCAUUUCGCACGAUAUCUCUGAGCUCUUCCUCGCAGUCAAGACACAGCUAGUCAUCGAGUCCGUGACAUCAGCGAAUCAGUCUGGGCCUGUUGACCAGUCGAUUGCCCUGGCUUUCUCGUCUAGCCUGGAAGAUAAGCUAAAGGCAAGACACGAAGGAUCUGAGUUGACAGCUGAAGAGAGAGCUCUGGUGACAUCUGUGGAGGAGCGCAAAACGUCUCUGAUUACUUACGCGUCAGGACUCCCAGAUACUGUUCUACUGAAGAUCGGCUAUCCGGAGGAAGACCUAUUUCACCAACUGAACGUGUACCUGCGCCAAAAGCUACAGUCGCUCUCUGGACUGGCCUCAAGACACGGCAUCGAUCUUCCGCAGAUUAUGACGAACGGAGACCUCGACGCAUCGAUGCCACCCGAUCUCGACGACCUCGGAAUCUCAUCAUUACUGGAGGCUACAGACGGACUUGUUGCGCAAUAUCUCCCUAGUGAACCGGCCGAUGGAUUACCUGCCGAACAACAACCGCCAGUUCCGACGACUGAGAGCAGUGUCCCGCCCCCUGAACCACCUGCGCCGGCGCCUGAAACCGCUCCCCCGGCGCCAACCACGAAUGGUACCACGACUGAAAGUCAAGACGCGACGAAUGACAUUCUCGCGCUUGUUGCACAGAGCACACAGGAGUACGUUCGAACUACACUCAACAACCUGUCUCCAGCGCCCUAUCAGCCAACCGUACCCACACCGACGGGCGCCGCUCCGGUUACGCAGACGACGUACCUCUCACAUCUGCAACAAACCCAGCAACAAUCACCGUACUACGGAUACCCGCCACCAGUAGAACAACCACCGCAGCCUGCCGCUCAUGAGAGCAACGAAAAGCUGCCUCCUAGUCAGAGCCUACCCAGUGCUGUGCUCUACGACAGGGCCCGCCAAGCUGCCUUGAGCAAGACCAAUAACCAGCAGAGAAGAGAAGGCACCACUUCGACAAGACGCCCAUGGACUCAAGAGGAGGAGAAGGCCCUUAUGACCGGUCUCGACAUGGUCCAGGGACCUCACUGGAGCCAAAUUCUAUCUCUGUUCGGUGCAGAGGGCACUCUUUCCAACAUAUUGAAAGAUCGAACGCAAGUCCAGCUCAAAGACAAGGCCCGGAACUUGAAGCUCUUCUUCCUAAAGACAAACUCCGAGAUGCCGUAUUAUCUACAAGCCGUUACAGGCGAGCUCAAGACAAGGGCACCUACACAAGCAGCCCGCAAGGAGGCUGAGGAGCGAGCUAGGAUGAAUUCAGAGGAGGAACAAGCUCGGGUACAGGGCAUCAUGACACUGGCGGGCGGGUUGCAGCAUCCUCAGCAUCCCCACCACCCUCAACAUGCACAGCACCCGCAGCAUCCACAGCAUGUACAACACGCACAACAUGCGCAGCACCUUCAGCAAAAUAGAGCAAGCGUGACACCAGCGACUGCACCGAGCACGCCGUCACAGUCUGCCGCUCAGGUCUCGCAUCACAUGGCCGCCCAUGCGACGACACCGACGCAUGCUGCUGCUGCGGGCCCACCUGCCACGCCGGUACAAGCAACACCGACACAUGCUCGAGUUUUGCCGGCCUCCUCGCCGUAUGCUGCGACAGCUGCUCAAUUACAAACAUCUCACAGCUUGCCACAAACUCAGCCGCAGACGCCGACGCAUUCCCACAUCCAGCAUCACUCUCACCCGGGAACGCCACAGCCGCAACACCAUUCUCAACAGCCGCAGCACCAACCUCAGCAGCAGCAUAUCCAGCCGCAGGUCUCCCAAGCUGCUGAGACUGCGCCCAAUUACACGACUGAGUCAUCCGCAGCAGUCUACAGCCAAGAGACCGAAGAUCUCAAGGAAGCCGCUCUCAUGCAGAGUCUUAGGGAGCUUGAAGCAUAUAGCGAAAGCGCCAGCGCUAGCGUAUCAUAG